GGUGCCCGGUCGCCAGGUGGCAAGGCCGGCGCACCCCCGCGCGGUCGGUGCUCGGGGCCGCGGCCGCUCCGCAGCGCCGUUUCCGGGCCCGCGGGCAGGUGAGGCGGCGGCGGGCGGAGCGGAGCGAUGAGGCUGCUGCUGCUGGCGUGUCUGCGGGCACAGACCGGCAACGCCACCACGGCCGCCAGGAUCCGGAAUCAUCUCCAUGCUGCAGGUCACAUCUGUGUUCUUAAAGAUGCUUUCAUGUAUGAAAGUCCAACUGAAAUAGCAAACCUGACCUCCUCAGACAGGUUUGAUGCAGCCCUGGCCAUUCACCUCUACAAAGGAGGCAGACUGCUGCAAGGGAGCAGAAUUCCUUUUGGAAUCAUCUUUGGCGGGACAGAUGUCAAUGAAGAUGUCAAGUGUAAAGAGAAACGCCAGGUAAUGGGAGCAGUGCUGGAGAAAGCCAGGUUUGCAGUGGCUUUCACCGUGGAAAUGAAGGAGCUGGCAGCAGCAGCGUGGCCAGACGCCAGGAAGAAAAUCUAUGUCCAAAGUCAAGGAAUCAAGACUACACCCAGUGAAACAUUUGACUGGUCCGGAUUUCUACAAAAUGCAGGCAUCCCUGCAGCCACGGGCAGGGUGCAUCUGUUCCUCCUGGUGUGUGGGCUCCGCAGAGUCAAGGACCCUCUGUAUUUGGUGGAGGCUUUCUCAGACUGGCACAGAAAGGAUCCCAGCGUCCAUCUGGGCAUUAUUGGACCUGCAGUGGAUCCACUUUUCACCAGCGAAGUCGAGGAGAGAGUUAAAAGGGCCCCCGGGGUGCACGUGCUGCAGGAGCUGCCCCAGCAGGAGCUGCACGCUGCUCUCAGGAGCUGCCUGGCCCUGGUGAACAGCUCCACCUCCGAGGGCAUGUCUGCUGCCAUCCUGGAGGCAAUGGAUUUAGAGAUUCCAGUGCUGGCAAGGGACAUUCCUGGGAACGCAGCAAUAGUAAAGCACAAGGAAACAGGGCUGCUCUUUUCAACUCCCCAGGAGUUUGUUGCGCUGUCCAAGAGUUUAAUGAAUGACCCCAUUAUGGAAAAGGAAAUUGUAACCAGGGCCAAAGAGUACGUGAAGAAGCAUCAUUCCUGGGAAGGGGAAAGGAAAACCUACCAGAAUCUUGUGCAGAGACUCCAGUGACUUGGCAGGCUGCAGCUGAGAGCCAGCAGAGCACUUCAAUGAUGGAAAUGUGACUGAAAAAUAGAAAACCAGUCAGACUCUGUUUGGACAGCCCCGAGCUCAGCUGCUGCAGCCCCUGCCAGGCCCAGCAGAGCCCAGAGCAGGCUGGCUGGGGCAGCAGGAGGUGCCAGCCCUGCAGCAGGGGCCGGGUGUCUGCUGCCCUGAGGCCUCCCAGGGCAGGCCAGUGCUGGCACACAGAGCUCACAGGGGAUGUUCUGGGGCACAGCUCCCUGCCCACUGCAGCCCAGCCCUGCAGCCCAGCCCUGCAGCCCAGCUCCCUGCCCACUGCAGCCCAGCCCUGCAG